GUUUGAUAUGAAAGAAACUGACAUAUCAAAACUGAAUAGUUUGGCAGUAGAGUAUUUCAGAGCCAAUGCAAUGUUCCUUCCAACUUCAGUUAACCCUACUAGAUGGACCAUUGGGCAUGUCUUGCCAAUGCAUGGCAAGCAGGUUUUUGAUGCCUAUAACCAAGGGUUCCUAACAGUCACAAUGGGGAGCAGGGAAGCAAAACAUGUAGCAUUACAACGCCUUAGUUUUAAUAGUACCCAUAAAAAAAUGGGAACAGAUAUUUAG